AUGACAGUUGUUAUGCCUGUGGGGAAAGCUGAAGUUGAACCACAGCUACCUGUGGGGCCCAUGAAGUGUGCCAGAAAAGAGAAAUGUGAGCGCUCAUCAGAGCCCAGGCGCUUUGCUUCAGACAUCAAGCAGUGUGUGCGGCUCAGUGUCCACCCUAACAACAUAUCAGUGUCACAGUUUAGUGUCACGUUGGUGCUAGAAGCCCAUAAUGUCCCAGAACUUUCGGCAGGUGUGAACUGUACAUUUGAAGACCUCACUGAGAUGAACGGAUUGGUGGAGGGAAAUCGGAUUAAGUGCUCCUCCCCUGCAGAAAAAGAAAUGCCACGCAUUAUUGUUGACAAAGGGGACCACCAGAUUGUGCAGCUCUAUCUCAAGUCCAAGGAAACAGGCCUGGCAUUUGUGAACACCAGUUUUGUUUUCUACAACUGUAGCGUGCAUAAGUCGUGUCUGUCAUGUGUGAGUAGCCCCUACCAGUGCCACUGGUGUAAAUACAGACAUGACUGCACCCAUGAUCCUCGCACAUGUUCCUUCCAGGAGGGAAGGGUCAAAAAACCGGAGGGGUGUCCCCAGUUGCUGCCUGCAGAAAGGAUACUAGUGCCAGUCAGUGUGGUAAAGCCUAUUACCCUGCGGGCCAAGAACCUCCCCCAGCCACAGUCUGGACAGCGGGGAUAUGAGUGUGUGCUCACCAUCCAAGGGACUGAGCACAGAGUUCCAGCCCUGCGUUUCAACAGCUCUUCAGUGCAGUGCCAAAACACAUCGUAUUCCUAUGAUGGGAUGGAGAUGAGCAGUCUUCCCGUGGAGCUCACCGUCAUCUGGAAUGGUGAUUUCAGCAUUGAUAACCCAACCCACAACAAAGUCCAUCUUUACAAGUGUAAUGCCCAGCGUGGAAGCUGUGGUUUGUGUUUGAAGGCUGACCCACUGUUUGGAUGCGUUUGGUGCAAAGGAGAGAACCGCUGCACACUCAAGCAACACUGCCUGCACCCUGAAAAUCAGUGGCUAGAAAACAACGGCAUCAACAGCAAGUGCACCCACCCACGGAUCACACAGAUAACCCCUCUCCGGGGCCCCAGGGAAGGUGGCACACUUGUGACUAUCCGAGGUGAGAACCUGGGAUUAGACUUCAGAGAGAUUCAGGGUAACGUCAAAGUGGCCGAAGUGGACUGCACCCCAAUACGAGAGGAAUACAUUCCUGCUGAACAAAUUGUGUGUGAAAUGGGUAGAGCAGAGAUGAGCCAAUAUACUGGGAAUGUACAGGUCUGCGUUGGGGUUGGAAUGUGCAGACCUGAAUUUAUGGCAAAAUCAUCCAAGCUCUACUACUUUGUGAUCCCACGGAUUACCAGCCUGAAACCAAGUCGAGGGCCAGUGUCUGGGGGAACAAUAGUCAAUAUCACUGGCAGCCACUUUGAUGCUGGGAGCAAUGUGUCAGUCAUGUUCAAGGACCAGCCAUGCACUUAUCUGAGGAGGGGUGGGCUGUGGCUAACUUGUCGAACACAUGCUUCCUUGCAUGGCUAUGGAAACGUGUCCGUGUCUGUGAGCAUAGAUAAGGCCCAGCUCCAGAAAGACCUUCAGUUUGAAUAUGUAGAGGAUCCCACCAUCACCAAGAUAGAGCCAGAGUGGAGCAUAUAUAGUGGGCAUACACCAGUGACGGUGACAGGAACUAACCUGGACAUCAUUCAGACGCCGCUCAUCAGAGCCAAAUACAACAGCCAUGAAACACUCAAUUUGUGUGAGGUAUUAAGCCCCACAUCCAUGCUGUGCCAAGCCCCAGAGCUGCCCAUCAGCUUGGCCAGGCAGCAAGAAGUACCGGAAAGACCAGAUGAGUUUGGAUUUAAAUUAGAUGAUGUGCAAUCUCUGAUGGCACUCAACAACACCAACUUUAUCUACUACCCCAACCCUGAAUUUGAGCCUCUUAGUGCCUCUGGGGUUCUAGAGCUUAAGCCUGGAUCCCCCAUUAUAUUGAAAGGACGAAACUUCCUUCCUCCAACCAACAGUGGGAAUGGAAAGCUGAACUACUCAGUCCUGAUUGGUGACAAGCCUUGCAUGUUAACGGUGUCGGAGACACAGCUUCUCUGUGAGUCACCAAACCUGACUGGUCGACACAAAGUCCUGGCGCGUGUUGGUGGCAUAGAAUUCUCCCCUGGAGUGGUCCACAUCACAUCUGACAGCCCUCUCAGUAGCACCGCAAUCAUUGGCAUUGCUGCAGCUGGCGCCCUGCUCAUCCUUUUCAUCGUGGUGGUGCUCAUUGCCUAUAAGCGCAAGUCUCGUGAGAGUGACCUGACUCUGAAAAGACUGCAGAUGCAAAUGGAUAACCUUGAGUCACGAGUGGCUCUGGAGUGCAAAGAGGCUUUUGCAGAGCUUCAAACAGAUAUCCACGAACUGACCAGCGAUCUGGAUGGUGCAGGGAUACCUUUUCUGGAUUACAGAACCUACACUAUGAGAGUUCUCUUCCCAGGCAUUGAAGAACAUCCUGUAUUGAGAGAUCUUGAGGUGCCAGGCUACCGCCAAGAGCAAGUAGAGAAAGGACUGAAGCUCUUUGGCCAGCUCAUUAACAACAAAAUCUACCUGCUGUGUUUUAUUCGCACUCUGGAGGCCCAGCGGGGUUUCUCCAUGAGGGACCGCGGCAAUGUGGCCUCACUGAUCAUGACAGUGCUGCAGAGCAAAUUGGAGUAUGCCACUGAUGUCCUGAAGCACCUGCUGUCUGACCUCAUAGAUCGCAAUCUUGAGAGCAAAAAUCACCCCAAACUGCUGCUUCGCAGGACUGAGUCAGUGGCAGAGAAAAUGCUGACCAACUGGUUUACUUUCCUCCUUUACAAGUUUUUGAAGGAAUGUGCAGGCGAGCCGCUCUUCUCCCUUUUCUGUGCCAUCAAACAGCAGAUGGAGAAAGGCCCUAUUGACUCUAUCACAGGAGAGGCCCGCUACUCGCUCAGUGAGGACAAGCUUAUCAGACAACAGAUUGACUACAAAACACUGGUGGUGAACUGCAUACAUCCAGAAAAUGAGAAAAGCCCAGAGAUCCAGGUUAAAGCGCUGAACUGUGAUACUAUCAGCCAGGUGAAGGAGAAGAUAUUGGAUGCCAUCUACAAGAAUGUCCCACAUUCUCAUCGUUUAAAAGCUUCUGAUAUGGACUUGGAGUGGCGUCAGGGUCGAGGACAGCGCACAAUCCUUCAGGAUGAGGAUGUUACGACAAAGAUUGAAGGUGACUGGAAGAGGCUGAACAUGCUGGCUCACUAUCAGGUACCUGAUAAUGCAGUGAUGGCCUUGGUCCCCAAGCAAGUUACAGCCUACAAUUCAGUAAACAACUCUACUGUUUCUAGAACUUCUGCAAGUAAAUAUGAAAAUAUGAUCAAAUACACUGGAAGCCCAGACAGCCUGCGUUCCCGCACUCCAAUGAUCACUCCUGAUCUGGAGAGUGGUGUAAAGGUCUGGCACUUGGUUAAGAACCAUGAACACGGAGACCAAAAGGAAGGUGACAGAGGCAGCAAGAUGGUCUCUGAGAUUUACCUGACACGACUUCUAGCUACCAAGGGUACAUUACAAAAGUUUGUGGACGACCUGUUUGAGACCAUCUUCAGCACGGCCCAUCGAGGGAGUGCUCUACCACUAGCCAUCAAAUACAUGUUUGACUUCCUGGAUGAACAAGCUGAUAAGCACAACAUCCAUGACCCACAUGUGCGACACACAUGGAAGAGCAACUGCCUACCUCUGCGUUUCUGGGUGAAUGUGAUCAAGAAUCCCCAAUUUGUGUUUGAUAUCCAUAAGAGCAGCAUCACAGAUGCUUGUCUAUCCGUGGUGGCCCAGACCUUUAUGGACUCCUGCUCUACUUCAGAACACCGCCUUGGGAAAGACUCGCCUUCCAACAAGUUGCUUUACGCCAAGGACAUCCCCAGCUACAAGAGCUGGGUGGAGAGGUACUAUUCAGAUAUAAAUAAGAUGCCAGCGAUCAGUGACCAGGACAUGAAUGCCUACUUGGCAGAACAGUCACGGAUGCACAUGAAUGAGUUUAAUACCAUGAGCUCUCUGAGUGAAAUUUACUCCUACGUGGGAAAAUACACUGAGGAGAUCGUGUGUGCACUGGAGCAGGAUGAUGCUGCAAGAAAACAGAGGCUCGCCUUCAAGCUAGAGCAGGUGGUGGCCUUCAUGAGUCUGGAAAGCUGA